GAGAUUGCUUAUGAUGCUGAGGAUGUCAUUGAAACUUUUGCUCUCAAAAUUGCAUCCAGAAGGAGGGGAGGUAUUUCAAAUUUCAUUAAAAGAUCUGCCUGCAUCUUCAAAGAAGGAUGGAUGCUCCACAAGGUCAAGUCAGACAUUGAAGGAAUCAUAAGCAGAAUCUCUUACUUGAGUCAACGGUUACAGGUCUAUGGCAUAAAACAACUAACAGAUGGAGCAAGCUCAAGUGCUUCAUCCAGGAGGCAACAGUUAAGGCAGUCUUAUCCUCGUAUGGUGGAAACCAAUGUUGUUGGGUUGGAUAAUGACAUAAAAAAAUUGGUCUCGGUUCUUGUAGACAACGAAAGUUACAGAGUUGUUUCCAUAUGUGGCAUGGGUGGUCUGGGAAAGACUACUCUGGCUAAGAAGGUUUACCAUCAUCCUCAAGUAAGAGAUCAUUUCAAGUACUUUGUUUGGGCGUACAUUUCUCAGCAAUGCGAGGAAAGAACCGUGUGGGAAGGAAUUUUAUCCAGCCUAAAUCCUAAAUAUGAGAAGGGUGGGAUAUUGCCCAAAUUGGGCGAUCAAGAUCUGGCUAAAAACUUGUAUGAAUUCCUGAAAGAAAACAAAUGCCUAGUGGUACUCGAUGACAUUUGGAAAGCUGAAGAUUGGGAUGCUAUUAAGCCUGCCUUCCCAAUGGAGGAGGAGACAGGUAGCAAAAUACUGCUCACCUCUCGUAACAAGGAUGUAGCUUGGCACGCGGAUCCAAGAGGUUUCCUGCACGAACUACAGCUCUUAACAGAUGAAGACGGUUGGAAAUUGUUCCAACAUAUAUGUGAUUCUGCAGACUAUGUAAUUGAGGAAAAAAUGGAAGAGUUGGGGAAGGACAUGGUUAAACAGUGUGCUGGGUUGCCAUUAGCCAUUGUUGUUCUAGGAGGAGUUUUGGUUACAAAGCAUUCAUUAAAUGAUUGGCAAAUAGUGCAGGAAAAUUUGAAGUCAUACUUAAGGAAAGAUAGAAGUAAAAAAAAACGGAAAGAUGGAGGUUGGGGAAUCCAUGAAGCAAUAGCUUUAAGUUAUGGCAAUUUGCCACCCUAUUUAAAACCAUGCUUCUUGUAUUUGAGUGUUUUCCCGGAAGAUUACGAGAUUUCUGUUGGUAAAUUGGUCAAAUUAUGGGUGGCAGAAGAUAUUGUGCCAUUAGAAGAAAGUGAAGAAGAUGGAGAAGAAAUGAUGGAAGAUGUGGCAGAAGGUUACUUAAAUGAGCUUGUAGAAAGAUACAUGGUGCUAGUGGGAAAACGAGAUGCAAACUCAAAGAUCAAAACAUGCCGGAUGCAUGAUCUUAUCAGAGAUUUCUGCUUGUUGAAAGCAAAACAAGAAAAUUUCAUUUGCGUUCUUGAUUGUCUUCAAAUGGAGCAAGCUGAUGUCAGCAGCUUGUCCCCUCCAAUUGGUAAAUUUCGCAGGAUUGGCAUUAAUGAUUUGAAUCUGAUAAAUGGGAUUACAAACCCACAUCUCCGAUCUGCAUUGUUCUUUGAUCAAAACUUUUUGGGAGAGUUUAAGGAAAGGUCUUAUGUCAUCAAAUGGCUGGUGAAAAUAGAAGAUAGCAUAAAUAGUACUAUUGUUAAGGGUACUUUGUUGGCAUUUUUAAUCCCUUUUUUAGUAUGUGAGUUAAGGCAUAAAACUCGAGGGUUAACGAGACACAUUUGCAACAAUUUCAAAUUGCUCAGAAUCCUAGAUUUUGCAGAUGCAGAUAUUCCACUUGUCUGCAUAUUAUUAAGUGAUAUAGGUAGUCUCAUCCAUUUGAGAUUUUUGAGUCUUGGGAACUGUGCUUUUGUGGCAAUGUUGCCUUCAUUUAUAAGCAAAUUAAGGUGCUUGCAAAGCUUGGAUCUAAGAGAUUGUAUUGGGGUUUAUGUACCUAAUGUUUUAUGGAAAUUGGAGCGGUUGAGACAUUUAUAUCUCCCUGAUCAGGUUUGUGCGAGAACCAAAUUGAAAUUGGAUACUUUGAAAAAUCUGCAAACGCUUGUGAAUUUCAACACCAAAAAUUGUUAUCUUAAAAAUAUUUGUUACAUGAAAUAUCUUAGAGAGUUGAUGAUAACUGUUCCUUUUAUUGUUGAAAACUUUAGAGAAGACUUGAAUUUGAAUCCACCGAUCAUCACAAGCAAGCAUCUUCGAUCCUUAUCCAUUUCAAAAAAUAAAAGUACAGAUCCAAGGCAUUUGACAUACCUGCUCUCUAGCUGCCUUAAUAUCCGUGAGUUGCAUUUAUCUGUCGAGAUAAGGAAGUUACCUCAGAACAUCCCUUCAAAUAUUGCUCACAUUUCCUUGGAUUGGGCUAGACUCAGUGAAGAUCCAUUGCCAACACUAGAAAAGCUACCUAAUCUAAGGAUUCUUGAAUUAGGACGAGAUGCGUUCCUCGGAGAGGUGAUGAUUUGUUCCGCCCAAGGUUUUCCUAUGCUCAACUCUUUGAGUAUUUUUUUGCAAGCAAAUUUAGAGGAGUUGAGGGUGAGUGAGGGAGCUAUGCCGAAUCUACACCAUCUGAUGAUUGCAAAUUGUAGAAACUUGAAGAUGCUGCCAAACGAGUUGAGGUUCAUCACAACCCUCAAAGAAUUGAAGAUCGAAAAGAUGCCAAAAACAUUCAAAGAUAAACUGGUUGAAGGAGGAGAAGAUUCAUACAAAGUCCAACAUGUGCCUUCUAUCAUAUUUCAAAAUUGUGAUUAUUGAAUUAUGAUCAUCAGGUGAAGUUGUGAAAAGGAAGCAACAAGAAUGUUUCUCUUGAAAGAUAUCCCCAAUUUGCAGAAGCUCUUUUUAGCUGUGUGGAGACUGGAGUGGAUUGGUGAGAUGAAGCCUAAGACUCUACUUGUAUUGAUAUGUUAUGUUGUAGAAGUAUUGAAUCUUUGUUUAUGACUUGUGUUGAUUUGUUAUAUAUGUUGUAGACGUAUUGGAUCUUUUUUUUCGACUUGUAUUGGUAUGUUAUGUUGUAGAAGUAUGGACUCUUUGUUUAUGACUUGUAUUGAUUUGUUAUGUUGUGGAGUGCGGACUCUUUGUUUUAUGGUUUGGCAAAUAAGAGAAAAAAAUCCAUCCAUGCCUGUGGUCUA